CUGCACUUCCAUCCAGCCGGCCUCGCGAAAUCCCCUCCUUCAAGCUCAACCUUCCCUCAAGACCCUCAUGCCUUCGUCAAGACUCGGUAUCUCUCGCCCGGCCUCCAUGCUACCGGCCAACCUGCGCUUCCUUCGUCGUGUCCCGCCCGCCUUCACCUCUUCGCCGUUGGAAGACCCUGUGCAAACGGUGUUCUUGGAUGCCCUUCACGUCUAUCCUCCUUCCAGCAAACUCCAUCAGCAUGAACCAACCUUCGGCAACUGCCCGCCUAGUCGCUGCCGCCUCAUCGCUGCUUACAUUCAACGUAAGAUUGGUGUGAUCAUGCCUCUGAGGCAGGUCAUGCAGAGCGUGUACGAGCUUGAGUCGCGCACGACCAUCAGCAAAUUACUGCACUCCUCUGAACAGGAGGUCACACUUGCUAUCAGCAGCCCUGCUGUUGCCACCACAGAUCUGCCAUCUACGCUUUCAUCCCCUGCCGAUGUCAAGGUACCUGUCAAGGCUCAACAGGAGGACGUACUCAAGGCGUUGCCCUCAAUUGCUAGCGGGAAGCCCCCUCACGCUAGCGCUGGUUCUAUGUCUCAGCGGCGUCAGGCCCUCAACAUACCGACCCUUCACCGCCAGCUCUCGCUUGCUCGCUACCGCUCGUCCAACCUGCUCUCCGAAGACUUCUCCACGCCCAUCACGCCUGCCGAACAAGUGCUACACACGCCUCUCGACCCUCCCGAACUCCUGCCUGCGAAAGCAACGGCGGCCAAGAGAAAGAGCUUUGCCACGCCUACAAGCAGCACUUCGCCUGGAAACGCAGCUUCUCCUUCGCCGCUCCGCUCGCGUGCCCCGCGUACUAGCUUGGACCGCUUCCUCUGCUCGCCCACACUGCCGAGCCCGGACUCACUCAGUCCGCUGGUCAAGAGCUUUGGAAGGCGUCUUGCUCUCGCACCGCCUACUCGUCUGCCGCGUCGCCUCUCGUACUCGCGUGGUGGGAUGCUGGACACUCCCAAGUCUCCGGGAGACACCCCGUAUUUCAGGAACCUUACUCCACGGGAACCUCUCGCGUCACCUCUAUGUAUCCAAGGCUCCGUCUCUGACCGCGCUACUACAGAGUUCUUCUCGUCCAACCACGCUUCUCACAUUCGCUGUUUCUGAAGAGGACUACGAUUUCCGAUUGAACACUGUUCGCGUCACCUUAUCUUGCGCUUGGACAAACUUGGACUGCCCUGCUCUUAUACCACGCUCUUUUUGGACGACGCUCCCUGCUCCGUGUCUCGUUGCGAUAUAUAGCUUCCUGCCUCGUAAGUAUAAUAUGUACAAGUACGUAGGUUUUGUGUGACCUACCUGCUCGACUGUGUAUCACCCCUGUACCUUAGUGUAGUGUCUCCAGCAUACUGUACAAUCCACUGUCUUUGGUUGCGGUC